CUUCAUCCUCUGUCUCUUUUUCUCUAUAUCUAUACUAACUCUUCCAGACAAUACACAGAAGUGGAGGGAGUCGGGUAAAUCUUGGAGACUGCAGAUUUUGCUUUCAAAAGCAGAAGACCCUCCCUCACUUCCUUUACAUCGACUGAAGAUUAUCCGCACUUCCCUCCUCAAUAAUGGGUUUGGGAGCACUCAUUCACUUUGUGAGAGAGUGCAUCCAUAAGUACCUCUACUUUUCCAAGGCUACAAUAUGCAUCCAGGGUAUUUAUCUCAGAGAUACUUUAAAAUGAAAGUAUAAUGAUAUAUUUUAAAGAGUGUGAUUCAAACUAAUUUCUAAUCAAUUUUCUUUUUAUUUCUACACACACACACACACACACACACACACACACACACACACACACAUAUAUAUAUAUAUAUAAUGUAGGGUUGGUUUUGAGCCAUAGCUUCGUCAACCAUGCGAUAAUGUCUAUCUUGAUCAUGUACCUCCAAGAGAAUUGGUUUUCAUGAACAUUUUCUAAUAGCUGCCGUAGUUACAAAUGUGCAAGAAGGGGUAGCAGACAUAUUGGUGAUUUUCCUAGCUCAUUUCUCACACACAUUCAAUGGUGGUCUCAAAAUAAUUGCCACCACAAAUGCUGCCUAUAUUCUUGGGCUAUCUCUGUUAUGGCUUCCUAAUGAAUAUAAGAGUGAGGACUACGCAGCAAUGGCCAGGAUAUUCUAUGGAGCUGUGGUACUAUUAACAUUAGGCGAAUCUGGGCGAUCCGCUGCAUUGGAAGAAUUUCUUAAGAAGCAAUGUUUAAGCAAACAUAAAGAAACAGGACGCAGAUGACAAACGACCGGAAGGAUGGGAAGAAGCUAGCGAACAGAAAGAAAUAACGGCAGAAAAGCAUACAGAAGCUGGUGGCGACCAACAGGUGACGAAAGAAACGGCAGAAAGGAAUAAAAAGGACUUCUGGGUGUUCCAUGGUUUUUAGGUGCAGUGGUACCUCUUUUCCUUUCAAAAACAACUUGGACUCAGAUCUUCAUGAUUUCAACAAUUGCAAUGGCAGUUUCUUAUUUAUUGUUCUGGUUUGGGUUCAACGAUUAUUUGAAAAACAAUAAAGAAGCACAAGCAGGGGAGCAUCCCCAAGUCACGGAAAGAGAGAACCUUUGGACACUGAACAAAAAGGUGAGGAAGAAAAAACGUUUGCGCAAAGAAAUUGUAGCUUCAUGGUUGGCCUUCUUUGUAUUCAGUAUGGUAAAGGCAGCGGGGAGCACCUUCUUUUUCGAACAAAUCAGUAACUUGAAAAAUCCCAUCCACAAUUAUGACCCUGCAGUUUAUUUCAAUGUGCUUAGCUCCUUUUCGAGGUACAUAAUCUCAUUUCUCUUCCCCAAACUAAUUCCAAAGCGAACGCGGGUGAGAAUUGGCUGUGGAAUGGCUUCUACUGUGUUAUGUUGCGUUGCUGCUUGGGUGGUUGAGAUCCACAGGAUGAGGAAAGUUACGAGGGCAGGGCUUGAAGAUGACACUUUUGACAUUUCUAUGAGCAUAUUUUGGUUGGUUCCACAGUUCUUCCUGUUAGGACUUAUGGAAGGGUUGGCCGUAGAUGGAUUGAUUGAUCUUUUGGCUGAUAGAGUGGACGAGGAGGAUAAAGAAAUGGCUAAGAAUUAUGGAUCCCACACCAGCGACUUAGUGGUGGGGAUUGGAAAAUUACUAACUGCUCCUAUUAGCUUAGCAUUUAGUCAUAGAUGGUUCAAUGACAGCAUAAAUCUGAGUCGUCUGGACAAGUUUUACAGACGGCUAACGUUUCUAAGUCUCUGUAGCUUCGUCUACUACUUGUAUGUCCGCUUUUACUUUUAUAGCAAGGAUGACACACAUAACUCCGCCAUCGAAGAACACGAACAAGGCCGUAAUGGAAGUGGAGUUGUGGAAAUCGCAACUGUUUAGA